GGUGCUGGACGGCUGUUGCCUGCCCAAGUGCAACCUCCGCAUGCAUCGUUGGGGGCGCGGGAAGGCUCCAGCGGCCCUGGAGGACAGAACGUCCAGCAGUUUGCAGAUGGCCAGGCCCCAGAAGACUCUGCUAGCCCUUCCUCAGAGAGAAGGGGUCCAGGCAGCCGCUGUGGCACCCACCCUGUUGCCUAACUUGAAGAGGAGCUGCUUCGACCAUGCUCUGCACCAGGGGCUCCUCCACCCCACCCGGCGGCGCUGCAGUCCCACCUCAGCUCCAAAUCCCAAAUUGUCAAAGAAGCGCAAAGUGCAUGCAGCCGGGGACAUGUUCCCCACUGAUUGGAGCCCACCACCCAUAGAGUUCCUGAACUUGAGGGUACCACAGGCCAGCAAGGGGGCCCCAGCACAGAGGUGGGUAGGCCCAGGGGGCCCUCAGGGCCUGAGGACAUGGGCUCCCCAGCUGCCUGAGGAGUUAGGCCAGGAGCCCCAGGACUUGGACCCCCAGGGGAGCCUGACCUCACUGGAGGAGCUGUUCUGGAAUAUGGCAGGCCCAAGCCAGAAGGCUACAGCUCCAGUGGUGGACACCCACACCUUGUUCACCUCUGGAGCCUCGGAGAGCUAUGCCAAUAGCUUAGAUUACUUACUACAGGAGAAGCGGGAACAGGCCCUAGAGCAGGAGCGAGAGAAGCUGCUUCUGCAUGAUUGUCCUGACCUCUACUCCCUGGAUCUGGCUGAAGAUGAGGCGCCUCUCACACCUGAGCACAGGAUGCUGGUGGAGAGGUUCUCCAUGUCACUACAGGUCAUCCCACCAGUACAUCCCGGUGAAACCGUGUUUCUACCCAGGCGUCAUCCCCUGUAUUGCAUCCUGGACUGUUCACACCUGAAGCCACGUAGCCACCUGGAAGGGCUCUUCCUCAGCUGCCCACUGGCCCAGCAGCUCUCCUUCCUGCGCAGUGGCCUCCUGAGCAACCUCUACCUGCACACCCCCGACUGCCCUGUGCCCCUGCUCCAGUGGCUCUUCCAGCUGCUGACAUGGCCUCCAGAAACUUCUUCAGGAGCCUUUGGCCUCCUGUGGGAUCUCAGUGUGAAUGGGCUCUUCCAUCAGUCUGAUGGAGACAAGCACUGGUGGUGCCCCUCCCUGCAAGAGGUCACGGAGGUGUUUCACAGCCUGGGAGCCUGUAGCCCUGCUCUGGGCCUGCGUGAACCCUGUCAGCACAGUGGGAGGGUGCUUAAAAAUAGCACUAGCCUGAACUGGAGUGAGCAGCAGGACGCCCCCCUGGAGAUUGCCUUGGAUGUCAGCCUGAACUACAUCUACAAGUUCCUAGCGCUGUGUGCCCUAGCCCAGCCAGGGGCCUACACUGAUGGGGACCUCCUGGGCCUGAUUGAGCUGCUGUGCCGAGUUGGCCUGGAUGUGGGGCUUCGCCUGCUUCCCAAGACUGAUCUUCAGCAGCUUCUGCUUCUGCUCCUCGAGAACAUCCAUGAGUGGCCAAGGAAGCUCCAGAAGCUGUGCUGCAGCCUGAGUGAGGUGUCAGAUCACCACCACAACCUGCUGGCGCUCGUGCAGUUCUUCCUGGACGUGACCUCCCGGAGCAGGCAGCUUCGAAGCCAGCUCAGCCUUGUGGUCAUUGCCCGGAUGCUAGACCAGCAAGAGACGCUCCCUCUCUGGCAAGAGAAGGCCCAGCUGUCUUUGCUCAGCCAGCUUCUGAGCCUCAUGAGGCCAUCAUCCCUCAGACAGUACCUGGGCUCUGAAACCUUGCCACCCUGCCAGGAGCAACAGCCAAAGACCAAUGCUGAACUAGACCACAAGAGCCCAUCUGGCAGCAAAUGUCUGUUCAACAACCAGGGAAGAAGAGGAGGAAGCGGGCUGAGGGUCUGCUACCUGUGCCACAGCCUUCUGACACUGGCCGGGGUGGUGGUCAGCUGCCAGGACAUUACUCCAGACCAGUGGGGAGAGCUGCAGCUGCUGUGCAUGCAGUUGGACCGCCACAUCAACACCCAUAUCCGGGAGAGCCCCCACGCCAUGCACCGGACCAGACUCAAGGACCUGGCGGCCCAGACCUACGUCCGCUGGCAGGAACUCCUGACUCACUGCCAACCCCAGGCCCAGUACUUCAGCCCCUGGAAAGACUAAAGGAGCAGGGCAGGGCCGGCCCUAGGCUCUUGGCUCUGGCAGGAAGCGAACAGGGCUCAGGGAACAGGAGGAAGCUAAGAACAACAGAGGCGAGAGGAGGACCAGUGUGGUGAAGCAAGAGCCUGCCUCCACACAGCCCCUGACCCCCACCAGGCAACGGAUAUGGCCUCUGCCUGCCUGGCCCACCCCUCCGCUCUCCUUCCCUCCCAGCCAUCUCCUAUGCCCCAAGGCCUUUGUCUCCACACUCGGGUUUCCCAGGGCCUCCUGGGCCCUCCCACCCUCCUUCCUCUCUCCGUCACUAAUGUGAGCUUUCUUUGUGCACACUAAAGUCUUAUUUCAGCA